UUCGCGAUUCUAAAUUUUACUAUCCGGAAGAUUGCUACAAAUUAUAUGCAUAACUCUAUGCUUAAAAAAAUAAUUCUCAAAUCACUCACCAUACUUCAACAUGUGCAUUUCUCAGAAAUUUCCAAGACCAAAAUUGGUGCCACGGAAGAACAUCAUGCCAUCCUAAAUAUAACCAUAAAGACUCGUAAUGGACCAAACCAAGGUGGGUAA